UCUGAUUGGCUUUCAGCGGAACGGCUGCGUGGCGGCUUCAGCAGCUGACGAGAGAAACUCCUCAAACUCCUCGAGCAGAAUGACUUCCGCUUUCCUCUAGAGCCCCGUCUUCACGAGUCAUGCAGCGGCAGAAGAGCGCGAGCAAGCCGCAGGACGGGGAGAAGCGGCGGCGGCGGCGGAGCGAGGACGAGGGGCGUUCGGUGGCGUUCAGCCCCGACGCGAGGCUCUGCGUCAGUCUGCUGUGUCUCUCGCUGUGUCUCUUCAUCACAUGGCUGCACGUCCAGCAGAGCGCGACGCUCGCGGAGAUCUCCCAGAAGUACGAGCGCCUGCGCGGGCUGGAGGAGACGCUCUCCGCGGUGUCUCUGGAGCUGCAGGCCUCCUCGUCCUCCGUCAGCUCCGCGCUCCAGUCCUGGGCGGCGCUGCGGGCGGAGCAGGAGGCGUCCGAGCUCCUCCUGCGGUCCCUGGCGGAGCGCGCACGGAGCCUGACGGAGGCGCAGCGGAGCCCUGAGCCGGAGGAGCUGCGAGGCGCCGCGGGCCGCCACGGAGCGUGGGCGCAGCAGCUGAACGACGCCGGCAGGCGCCUCCAGGCGCUGAGCCGCUGCAGGAGGUGCAGGACGGGACGGCGCGAACGGCCGGGCGCUGGAGCGCAGCGAGAGGAGGACGCCCGGCGGCUGAGCGACCGGCUGGACUGGAGCGACGACGCCGUCUCCAAGCUCCCGCGGCAGCUGCGCGCCUGGAGGAGCGGGUCUGGAGCUCGCGGGCGCCUGGACAGCCGCGCUCCUGUCCGCGACACACCCUCGCCGCCGAGGACGCCGCCCGCUCCGUGCUCCGGCUCGGCGCGCGGCUCAGCGCCACCUACGGCCGGCUGGAGGAGCUGCAGGAGCGGGUGCGGAGCGCCGAGGAACACGUGA